AAAUUUCCUGCUGUCUGCUACGCUCUGAGCGCCGGGCGCGAAACAAUGCAGCAAAAGCUUCUGUUCCAGAGCUGCUGCCGGCUGUGUCUGGACGACACCAAGCAGCAGCAUGAAAUCGCCUCCGUCGAGAAGUUGGCCGAAACGUUGGAAAAGCUGUACGAUCUCAAGCUUGCCAAGGAUGACCGCUGCAGCAAGUACAUCUGCGUGGACUGCGAGCGGGAAGCGACCGAGACCGCCAAAUGGGUCGCGAUUCACGAAGAACUCAAGCAGCAAAUCCGCGCCAAUCAGGAGCGCUUCGCGGCGGAAAUGCUCGAACAGCUCGGUCCGGAACCGCCGUCGCCGAGACGUGCCUCGCCAUCGACGCGGUCUGCGCGACUUUCGCGACGAUCGACGCGGCGAAACGCAACGGACACCCCCGAGGAAGAGAUGGCCCAGCUGCAGGCCGACCAGAUAAAGGAGGAACCGCCGACGGUGGUGACGCGCGCCAGCCGGCGACGUUCGGGGACCAAGCAGGAGUGGGAACCACCGGGGUCGGAUCGGGACCAGUCAGACACGCCCACCAGCUCGAGCAGUUCGAGCGGGCCGAGCUCCGGGGACAACGAGGAGGACGACGCUUCGACGGCGGAAUCCGGGACGACCACGUCCUCGGAUACAGAUCUCAAGUGUCCGCGGUGUGACGCCACGUUCACCGAGCUGGCGGCGCUCGAGAAGCACAAGUGUAAGUUCGUAUGCAGCAUUUGCAGCGCCGUGUUGAAACAUAAAAAGUCGCUGAAGAAGCAUUUGAUGAGUACGCACAACGUGCGCGAGGAUCAGUGGGAGAGCUACUGGAAUCCGCCGCAGGAGGAUGACGGCGGGGGUAGCAAGGAGCAGAGUCUGCUGGUGGAAGGGAAGAAGCCGAGAAAGAGAUAUCGCUACGAGAGCGAUUCCCCCACGGACAUCGAGGACAACACCGGUGAAAAAUCCGGUAAAGAUGCCGCUUCUUCGGCUCCACGCCGUGAACUAUCUCCGAACGAUUUCGACGAGCUCCGGGACGAGCUGGUCAACAUUUACUGCAGCCUGUGCAACGAAUCGUUCAGCGGAGUGCACGACUGUCCGUUCGUGUGCGACAUUUGCGGCAACACGUUCGCCCAACCGAAGAACGUCCGCCGGCACAAGGUCAACGUGCACAAGCUGGAGCCGGACCAUCCGUCGUUGAUCAUCCGAAGACGAUCCACGUCGCGACCUCCGUCGAGGGCAGUUUCCGAGGCGGGAUCGGACGACGAUUUGCCGUUGGCGGCCGUGGCCAGUCGCAGUCGGUGCGAUUCUGUGGCGUCGGAUUGGAACGGCGGCAGCGGCGGCGGGAAGUUGUAUCGGUUCUUCUGUCCGGACUGUGACUACACCAACACACGCAGGUAUCGUGUCACUUCGCACAUGAAGGGCGUGCACGGCAUUCCGGCGGACCAGAUCGAUCUGGAAGCGAUCCAGAAAGAGUUUCUGGGGACGCGAGCAAAGACGCCGGAACCUCCCUCCCGGGCACGACACACACCAUCCGGUUCGCGAACCCCGGCCCGCUCGGAAAACGUCAUGACACCGUUCGACGAAGUCUUGGCCGCGGGAGGUACCGCUCCUCCACUGGAUCCGGCGCCGUUGGUUCCCGAAUCGGCCAUCUCCUUCCCGGUGGUGACCGUGCCGUCAUCCGGUUUUCCCCGGAACCGAUCGCGGUCAACCUACCAGGACGACAUGGACCGCAAGCGCAAGCGAUCCAUGUCGGCGUGCUCGAUGCGGGAACCACGCUCCAACCGUGCCAUCUCCGAGCGGAACGUCCUCGUGGCCAAGCGGCGUCUCACCAACGCAGAACUCCUCUCCCGCAUCAACACCAAGUUCCGCUCCACCGUGGCCAACAUCCAAGCCAACCGACUCCAAGUCCGCGCCCAGCUGUCCUGCGUCCCCGUCGGAACUCCCAUGGAACAACCGCUCCGUCCGCGAGUCUCCGCCUACCACGAGGAAGAACCCUGCACCAACAAGCGCCUCUUCCGGCGACGCGCCCCCGUCGGAAACGAACGCACCCAAGUGUCCCGUCUGCGUGCCAUCUUCCAAUCCCUGUGCGAUCGCGUCCCCGCAGCCUCCUCCGUCAGCUCAAUCGACGUGGACUCGCUCGUACUAGUCCCGAGUGACGUCCUACCUCCGGAAGAAGUCCCGUCCCAGUCUCAGCAACCGGAACCGGACAGCACCACGCCGGUUGUGGUGGCAGCGGCCCCCGAACCCAUGGACACGGAUGACAUCACGCCGCCGGUGGUGAUUGAACUGGCCGAGGAAGCGUCCGCGACGGAAGUGACCAGCCAGGAAGAAGAGGAAAUUUCCGAGGUGGUCGAAACGGUCGAGUUGACCGAGGAGCACAGUGAGGAGAUCAUCAGCGAAGUGCGGACCGAAGAUCGUGUCGAAGAAAUGGAAGUUGUAAACAGGGUUGCGGUCGAGCAGGUACGAGAGGGGCAGGAGGAGGACGACGACGGUGGCUGUGAGGAGGAAAUUUUACCGGAUUAACCGCGUAUUGACCAGACAAUUGUAGGAUAACGUUUGAGAUCUGUGUACUAGGAGGUAGUAUUUUCAGCUUGCAUCAAAAUUUGUACCGGGACGUUAUUAAUUACUUUGACUUUAUUUGAAAAUAGUUUGUAAGGCACAUUGAAAUCAUGGUUCAAACGCACUUUUCUUAACAAUUGAUGUUCCCAGUUGAAAUUUGAAACUUUUGCUUAAAUAAAUAAAAAAAUCUGACCCCGAUUGUUAACAAACUUCUUCAUCGAUUGAAUCAAGCGCGAAUUAAAAAAACUCAAAACCCUGGUGAGUAUUGAGAACUGGAAUCACUUGUGAAGUUUGUUUAAGUUCCAAAGAAAAUGAAUUCCGAAAAAAUAUAAAUAAAACAUGGAUACAAUUAAAAAGCAUUCCGAACAAUGGAACAAGGAACACUUCUCUGGUUGCGUCAAUUUUAUGAACAAUAAAUGGAUGUUAAAACGAAAA